AUGGCAGCGCGGCGCGGGAACGCCCGCCUGUUGUUACUGAAGCGCCUCCGCAAACACUCGCGGCGCAGUCGAAACGCCAUCGAUUCCCGGAGGGUCGUCGCACCGAAUCGCGCGGGCAAAGACUGGCGCGGAUCUGAAGGAGACCGAGGACGGGGGGAGACGACGAGGCAGGGCGAGCAGAGAGAGGUGAGAGGGACUGUGGGUGGGUGGGUUGCUGAACAUACCAACAACCUCAAAGAUCACUUUUGUCACUCCCUUCAUAAGGUCAAUGGUGAAGGGCAAUUUACCCUGAAAAAGCUUUGA